AUGAAGGUCCUCCUGCUGCUAGCAGCUGUGAUCAUGGCCUUUGUUCCAAUACAGAUCCAUGGCAGCCCUAUGAAUUUUGGUGAAAUGGUCCUCAAUACAACGGGAAGGCCAUUUUGGCCUUUUUUUAACUCCUAUGGUUGCUACUGUGACUAUGAAGGCAAAGGAACCCCCAAAGAUGCCAUAGAUAGGUGCUGCUUUGUUCACAAUUGUUGCUACUCUGAUCUGGAGAAACGUGGAUGUGACAUAAAAGUUCUGAACUAUGAGUUCACCUCUGAAACAGGCAUUAUCAUCUGUUCUGCAAACCAGGACUCCUGUAAGAAAGAGCUGUGCCAGUGUGAUAAAGUUGCUGCUGAAUGUUUUGCCCAGAACCUGAAAAGCUACAGUAAGAAGUAUCACCGCUAUCCUAACGUGGGGUGCAAUGGAAAGACACCCGAGUGCUAA